AACUUUCUGUUAGCUUUUAUUAUUCAAUACGUUCGAUAAUAUCAAAAUGCAAGAUACCAAAAAUACAAAUGAAUGGGUUAAUUGGAUUGAAGAAGCUGUUGGUAAAGAACAUUUAAAACUUUAUAAAUAUGAAGAAUUUAAUAAUAUUCAUCAUAUUGGUACUGGAGGUUUCGGAAACGUAUAUCGUGCAAAUUGGAAAAAUUCAAGAAAACUAGUUGCAUUAAAAUCGUUUAUUAGUCUUAAUAACUCCAUGAAAGAAAUCGUUCGUGAGUUAAAAAUUCAAUGCAAAGUUGAUUUCCAUGAUAACAUUAUUAGGUGCUAUGGAAUAACAAAAUUUGAGUCAGAAAAUCAUAAUAAUUAUCGGUUAGUAUUGGAAUACGCCGACGGUGGUACUCUUCAAAAUUAUUUAAAGGAAAAUUUUAACAAGCUUACUUGGGAUGACAAAUAUAAUAUGGCAUACCAGUUAUCUUGUGCCGUAUCAUGCUUACAUAACGAAGGAAUAGUGCAUCGUGAUUUGCACUCCUGUAAUAUACUAGUCCAUAAAAACAUAAUCAAAUUAGCAGAUUUUGGAUUAUCUAAAAGAAUUGGAACAUCAUCUAAUUUACAAUCUAAAUUAUUUGGUGUGCUUCCUUAUGUCGAUCCAAAAAGCUUUAGUAGUCGAAGAAAUAAUGAUAAUCAAUCAACACAAAUGUUCUCAUUAAAUGAAAAAAGUGAUAUUUAUAGUAUAGGCGUAUUAUUUUGGGAAAUAUCUAGUGGGCAGCGUCCUUUUUAUGUUGAGAAUGAAGGAUAUAAUAUUGGUUUAGCUAUGGAUAUUUCACAAGGUUUUAGAGAAACGGUUGUUCCUGAUACUCCUGAAGAAUAUAUUAAAAUUUAUACCGAAUGUUGGGAUGGGGAACCAGAUAAUCGUCCAACUAUAUAUCAAGUAGUUGAUUGGCUACAUG